GUGUCUUCCAGCGCCAGAAAAGUAAGAGUGGAAACUGUGGAGUGCAUGCUCAUAACAGGCCACCAUACUCCACAGCAGGAAUUACUACAAGAUACCUACCUCUCCCGCGAAGCACCGUCUACGCCGUCGAGAUUCACCUCUCCACCCUCCUCCGUUCCAUUCCCCCAGCAACGCAACCAUGUCCCGCAAAAUCCCCUCUCCAAUCCAAACACUCCAAGAGCCCGACCGGCAUAACCAAACGCCCUACCCGUCUCCCUCCAGAACGUGUCUCCUCACAUCUUCUCAUCCUACUUCCCCUCUCAGACCUUAAAACCACACACAAAAACCACAUACAACUCCCCCCUUCCAAGCAAACUACUCUUACAGGAACCACAACCCACGAAACUCCAAACGCCAAAAUAGAGCUCUCGCCCACAGCCUCCAGCGUCUCCCUCUCUUUUCGCCCCGCCGUCCAAGCGUUAAUU